AUGAGGGCGGGAUUGAAUUCCUGCGCAAGUGACUGGCCAUGGCCCUUCCCGAAGGGGGAAAAUCCCAAGUUGCCUCGUGGUUACGACUUUAUGGUCAAUAUUAUCAGCAGACAAGCUAAUCUUCUAGAUCUUUUCCCCGGCUCCGAGGACGAGUUGAAGCAGAAACUGCCAGAUGAUGUUCAUAAUGGAAAGGACAAUAUUGCUGAUCUUCUCAAGUUCAAGUACGCAAUGAUUGUCCUUUACGCACAAUGGGUCAAUUUUGAUGAAGAGCCAUACUCACCCGAGCUCUUUACCCAGAUCAAGAACGUUCCUAAUGAGUUCAAGAUUGUCAAAGAGGCUCCUGAAGGCACCCCGAUGUCUGUUAUCGCCUCCAUGUGGCUAUUCGGCAGCCCUCGCGAGUUUCCCUACCCUUACGACAAGCGCACCAGCAGCACCACCGCAACCGACCUCUCCAAAACAGGCUGGUCAUCUUGGUUCGCCGGCCGUAUCAACGAGGUCAUCAAAGACAAACACAACGGUCUCUGGGUCUCAUCCCAACUCCAAGUCUACGGCGGUGAACAAUCCAUGUUUCGCCGAAAUGCAGGCAAUGGUACAGCGUACUGCUUCCGAGAUGCCACAAUUGGGGGAACCUGGGAUGUGUUCUAUCAAGAUACCAAGGAUGCAGCUAUGAAGUGGCAGGCGGUGAAUGAUGAAGGCAGAGCGAAGUACUUUAGCAAGGCGGAUCGAUGGGUUCUCUGGGGAUCGUAUGGUGAUCGGAACAUGAAGGAUGUUUGGCAGUUUUAUUACGAUCCGGAGACUUACAAGAAGAUGCAAAAGAUCAGGCAGACGUAUGAUCCAAAGGGGACUUUCACUGCUAACCCUUUCUGCGUGGAGGCUUCGAAAUGA